UUAGCAUAUAGGUAACGUGGCGACUUGUUUGGUUCUGUCGUACCUUUCUGUUAAGACUAUAAGUAAAGGAAAACUCGAGUCAAAAAUAGACGAAUGAUGACGAAUGAGGUCCAGCAGCAGUUAUCUACGAAGCCUGAGUUUGACGGGUACAGCAGGCGGCGGUGUGAGCGCUCAGGUUGUGGCUGUUAUUAAAACACGAAGAAGAACUAGUGGCAGACGAAGAAGAACUAGUGGUAGACGAAGAAGAAGAAAACAAACAGUUGCGGAGGUUUGACGCGGUUGAUGCGAUGCUGCGGGAGCAGUCUAGAUUAGCGGUCCAUUUGCUCGUUUAAUGCGGCCUCAUGGCUGCAGUGCGGAGGAUCCGUUCGUGUUUCCCGCUCCUGCAGCCACGCUGUCACGGAGCGACGCCGGCGACCCGCACACCCCACCACGCUGCGGCUCCGGGCGCCUUCUGGCCGAGACGCGCGUCUCCGCUAACCUCCAGGGGGCUCGCGCUGUCCGCGAGCAGGCCGACGGCCACAGGCGACCUGCCCGGCGGCCAUCGGACGCGGGUGUCACGGGAGGAUGAGGCGUUCAUGGAGGACAGCGAGGUGGAGGAGCUGUUCCUGCAGCAGACUCCAGCCCUAGGAGACGGGCGCCACCGGGUGUUCAUCGUCCACCCGGACGUCAAGUGGGGGAGCAGGAAGCAGCAUCUGACCACCGCUGAGCUGAUGAUGGCUGAGGCUGUGGGGCUCGUCAACACUCUGGACAGCUGGACAGUGGUGGACACCGUCAUCCUCUCCACCAAAACACCACAGAAGAAGAGGAUAUUUGGCAAAGGCAACUUCCAGGCUCUUACAGAGAAAAUCAGACAAACCGCAGGAAUCACCGCCGUGUUUGUGAACGUCGAGCGUCUGUCUCCUUUGUCUGAGAGGGAGUUUGAAGAAGCCUGGGGAGUCAAAGUGUUCGACAGGUACUCAGUGGUCCUGCACAUCUUCCGCUGCAACGCCAGAACCAAAGAGGCCAAGUUACAGAUCUCUCUGGCAGAGAUUCCGUUGCUAAGAUCUCGUCUGAAAAAUGAAAUUGCAGACUUGGAUCAGCAGGGUGGAGGCUCCAGAUACAUCGGCGGUUCAGGCGAGACUCUGUUCGAGGUGCAGCAGAGGCUGCUGAAGGAGCGGGAGCUGAAGCUCCGCGCCGCGCUGGAGCGCCUGCGGAGCAAGCGGCACCUGCUGCGCUCCCAGCGCCAACACAAGGAGUUCCCCGUGGUCUCGGUGCUCGGAUACACCAACUGCGGGAAGACGACGCUGAUCAGGGCGCUGACGGGCGACGCCGCGCUGCAGCCCAGGGACCAGCUGUUCGCCACGCUGGACGUGACGGUGCACGCCGGCCUGCUGCCCGGCCGCGUGGCCGUCCUGUACGUGGACACCAUCGGCUUCCUCUCCCAGCUGCCCCACCAGCUCAUCGACUCCUUCUCUGCCACCUUGGAGGACAUCAAGCACUCGGACCUGCUGCUUCACGUCAGAGACGUCAGUCACCCAGAGACCGUGAAUCAGAAGGUGAACGUGUUGAACGUCCUGAAGAACCUGCGCGUCCCUGAAACGCUCAUCAGCUCAAUGAUAGAAGUCCACAAUAAAAUCGACCUUGUUGAUGACUACAGGCCAGCGGAGGCCAACGCGCUGGCCAUAUCUGCCCUAGAGGAGCGAGGCCUGCAGGAGCUGAAGGCAGCGGUGGAGGACAGGAUCCUGAACUGCACGGGGAAGCGCGUGGUGGACCUCCGCGUCGACCUCAGCUCGCCUCAGCUACAGUGGCUGUACAAGGAGGCCGCCGUUCAGGACGUGCAGGUGAACGCAGACGAGGGGUCGGCCGUGGUCAAGGUCAUCAUCAGCACGGCGGCGUACGGACGAUACAGGAAGCUGUUCAGCGGCGGAUAGUACAAGAACCUGACCCAGAGCUCAGACGCGUUUAUGCACUGUAGUAUGUAUUAAAAGAUAGGGGAUUCAUUUGCAAAA